AUGUCGCUCUGCUGCUGCAGCGCGGGGAGCCGUCGCCUCCUCCUCUCGCGCCUCCUCCUCGGCCAGGGCCGCCAGGCCCGGCGCCCCCUCCUCCACCUUCGCACCACCGCGACCGCCGCCGCCUCGUCCUCCGCCACAUCUCUCUCGACGCAGCAGCAGCGCCAGGUCUCCCUCUACGUGGAAGCCCUCCUCGACUGGAACCAGAGGAUGAACCUGACCGCCGUCACCGACGAGUCCGAGGUCAUGACGCGCCACGUGGUUGACUCGCUCGCCGUGCUUCCUCCACUAGAGCACGCAUACACCUCCCGCGGCGGCGACAUUUCUGGCAUCAGCCUUGUCGAUGUCGGCUCUGGUGCGGGGCUCCCCGGGCUGAUCCUUGCAGUUGCGCGGCCAAGCUGGAAGUUUACGCUGUUGGAGUCGAUGCGGAAGCGGUGCACGUUCUUGGAGCACGCAGUUGAGGUCAUGGAGCUGUCAAAUGUGGAUGUGGUGUGUGACCGAGCUGAGAGUGCUGGCCAAAGUCAUGAUUUCAGAGAGUCAUUUGAUGUAGCAGCUGCAAGAGCUGUCGCAGAACUUAAAAUUUUAGGUAUUUAA